AUGACGUCAGACAAUAGAAUGGAAGAGCGAAGACCAGAGCUGUUAGCUAAUAACUACAGCCCCAUCCCUUUGGCAGGGAGGAGAGGAAUAUUAAUUUCCCCGCUGAUACAGAUAAGGGAAAGUUGGCCAUGGCCAAGAAGUAGAGCGGUGGAUAAAUUAAAUGAGAAGUAUGCGCAGAGCACAUUACUGGCACAUUGCUACCGCGAACCGAUCCGUAGCGGAGAAUGGAGCGCUAUGGUAAGAAUGUUCGCACUAUCUCGGGCCGGGGAGUCGAUAACAAUACGCCGGCUGGCAGCGGAUUCGACAGUCGGGGAUAAAGGCUAG